GCUAUCAUCCCAACCAUUCCCAUCAAGAAACCACCAUUUAUCACAUCCCUGCCUCACACCUCUUACUUAUUUAUUCUUUCUUUAUUGAUUUCUUCUUCUGAAUAUGCCUUUAAAGAUAAGGAAGUAGUACCUCCUCUCUCUGUCUCUCUCUGUCUCUCUCUCUCUCUGAGGCCUCUGCACUCACUGCAUCGAUCCUUAAAUAUGCUUUCGUUCUCUUUUCACUAGGUUUUGCCUUCAAAAGAGCUUCAUCCCAGAAAAAGAACUUUUGUUACUUUCUCUUUCUUCUCUCUGCAGUCAUUCAUUUUCUUCAAUUUUCUUUUUAAUCCCCCCACCGGGUGCUCUCGAAUCUGUCUCUAUUUCUUGCACUGAUCUCUAUUCAACCUAGAGAGAGAUCCUACCAAAAAGCCUAUGUUGUUCCAUCCUCCUCCCCCUCCUCCUCAGCCUCUCUUCUUUUUAAACACACCCAUGCAAAUCAUAAAGCACUCAUGAUCUAAUCACAACCUCUAUCAUUCCAUUGUCAGCCUUUUAUAUCUCCUGUUGACACACUCUCUACUCUCUCUCUUUCUCACUUUCUUUACUCACCAAUUUCUAGUUUUUCUUUGAUUCUCCUAUUUCGCUGUUAGGACUCUCUAUUAUCACUGAGCCCUCGUCACAUUUUCCCUUCAAAAUCCAUAAAUCUCAUUCCCAUGUUUUCUGGAUCAAGACCCCCGAUGACAACCCCACCAACUUUCCCUGAUCUUUCCUUGCAAAUUAAUCCUCCAGAUGUUCCAGAUUCCGGGAAGAUGGUUGCAAUUUAUGGUUACGACGAUUUCACAAGGAAACCAUUAUGUAGUGAAAUGAGCUCCACCACUGACUCCGGUAGCAGCGGGAGUGAUUUGAGCCAUGAGAACAAUUUCUUGUCACAAGAGAGGAGUUUUAAUCAUGGUCAUGGUGAGCCCACAUUGAGCUUAGGGUUUGCAAUGGGCGAUGUCAGCCAUUCAACCUUGCAACCACCACCAAGAAACCUCAAUCACCACCACCACCACCACCAUCCUCAUAUAUACGGCCGUGAGUUCAAGCGGAGUGCUCGAGUCGCGAGCAGCAUAAAGAGAAGUAUCAGAGCGCCCAGAAUGAGAUGGACCACGACUCUACACGCCCAUUUUGUUCAUGCAGUCCAGCUUCUAGGCGGUCAUGAAAGAGCAACCCCAAAAUCUGUAUUGGAGUUGAUGAACGUGAAGGAUCUAACCCUAGCCCACGUGAAGAGUCACUUGCAGAUGUAUAGAACAGUGAAGAGCACUGACAAAGGAUCGCCAGGUCAAGUGCAAAAACUAGACAUUAGUACAAAACAUGUAGAUGCAGGAUCAUUAUCGUCUGAGAAACAUGAAGACUGCAACAACUCUCACUCUCUCAAGCCAUCAUCCCAAGCAAGUUUCGAACAAACACAAGGAGGUUUAUUGUGGUUGCAAUCAAUGGAGACGAGAGGAACAAAUGAAUCGGAUCAUGAAAAUGCUUUGACAUAUGAUUCCCACUUCAAAGCAGAUGACACCAAGGUGGACGGACAAAAGAUUGUCGAUCGACAUAUGUCUGAAGAUGUGAAGGAGAGGUUGGACUCGAGCUCCUUGUCACCACCUUCGGGGGAUGCAUUGGUCAAUCUGGAGUUCACUCUCGGAAGGCCGAGUUGGCAAAUGGACUCCACCGAAUCUUCGCACGAGUUCACCCUACUCAAGUGUUGAUCCAUCAGUCAAUCAAAUUGGUUUACCUGCCUUAAUUAUGAGGAAAUGGACGAAUGAAUUAUUUGAGCCUGCUAUAUUUUCGCGCAUCCGCCCAAUUGCUCGGUGAUUUCCUUGCAAUUUUUGUCUCGAUUGAUGGGGAAAGGAGAAGGGGUAGGCAUGACUCAAUGUCACGGACGCUCGCUAGUUUACAAGAAACAGCAUAAACCGAAUUUUCAAGC